AAAAACGUAAAAGCAAAACAAUAAAAAAAUGGCGAGAAAAAGUUUUAAAAAACAUUGUGUUUGUUGAUGUGGAAGUUAAGAAGUUAACGUUGAAAUGGGUGCAAAGCCUUCUUCUAUCAACGAACUUAAAGAAAAUGUAUUAUUGAAUCGUCUAGUUGGAUCGGAAUCAAUUCCUGAGGGCGAUCAAUUUUGGGAGGAAUUACUAGCGUUUAGUUUUGUAAAUAUAUACAGGAUAUCUGAUGCAAAAUUGUUGGAAGAAGCAACUGAGUCUCUUUGUUAUAAUCUGGCUCGAAAUAAUUUGAAAAGUGGAAAUUUUAUCAAAUUAGUUGAAUUGUGUCAGAGGAAAGUUGAAGAACUACGAAAAUGUGAUGGAAAAAUUAACUCAUCGUUAUCUUAUGAAGUGUGCAAUUCACUGCUUCUUGUACGAAGUUUCAUAAAAUAUUUCAUUGAACAUGCCAAAGAGGAGGAUUUGUUCAUCCAUUUUGGUGGUUUCACUUUGGCUCAGGCAACAAAACUUCAACGAGGUAAAAUGGCUGGUCAAGUAUCACAAGGUAUUCAAAGAUACGCAGAGGACAGCAAAUUCCAAGAGUGUGGUCUUUUGGAUGAUUUUUUUGAGACUUUGGUUGAAAUCCUCACAGAAAUCCCAUACAGUGAUCAAACCUAUACUGUGCUUUUGGAGGCCAUUAAUUCAAUGAUUGUGUUGUUGUCAGUGCAAAUGUUUGAUCCAGAUGCUUCAACAAACAGUGUUAUAUAUCAAAUCGUCAUGCAUGGCAAAUGUUCCAAACGCUGCAACAAAUUGGUUAUGAGAUUAUUACGAUACUACAUAAAACAGGAUCCCUUACCUAAUGAAUUAAGAAGUGGUGGAACGAAGGGACUUUUAGGAACUUUGAUAUCAUGGUUUGGUAGUGAUGAUGAUUCUACUGAUAAAGAAAAUGCUUUGCUUUCAAAUCAAAGUGUUUUACUUCUGCUCAUAUUGGUGAAUCAUUGUACUCAAAGCAAAAAAUUGAACCUUUAUCGUCAAGCUCUUUUUACGUUCACAAACUCUAAACAUAAAGGUGGUGCAUCUCAAAAUAUUGAACUGGAAGAAGCAUCAUUUUAUAUGAACGCUGGAUCAUUGUAUAUCACUAUAUCCAGUCAACUCUAUACAGAUGAAACAACUUUACUACUGUAUCUCUUGUUGCACCGUAACCCAAUAAUAGCAUCUUAUAUGCUCUCAAGGACUGACAUUGAGCGCCUUAUCUUACCAAUACUGAAAUUGUUGUACAGCGCGGAAGAGCAAAACUCCCAUCAUAUUUACAUGGCUCUUAUUGUUUUAUUGAUUCUCAGUCAAGAUGAAAACUUCAACAAAUCUAUUCAUGAAGUGGUUUUAAAUGAUGUACCGUGGUUCACUGACCGUGUUAUCAACAACAUAACGUUAGGAGGCUUGCUUGUUCUUGUUGUUAUUCGAACCAUUCAAUAUAAUAUGACAAGAAUGAGGGAUAAAUAUCUUCAUACGAAUUGUCUUGCUGCACUUGCAAAUAUGUCUGCGCAAUUUCAUGCUCUUCAUCCAUAUGUAACUCAAAGGCUCGUCAGUUUAUACGCGGUCUUAGCUAAGAAACAUGGUCGUGUACAGGAACAAAUCAAACAAAGUGCAGCAAAUCCUCAUCAGUCUAUCGACGAUGAUUUUACACAAGAUUUUGCUUCUGAUCUCUCCAUUCUUGAAGAGGUCAUACGUAUGGUUCUGGAAAUAAUCAACUCCUGUCUAACCAAUACACUUCAUCACAAUCCAAAUCUUGUGUAUACAUUGCUUCAUAGAAGGGAAUUGUUCGCACAGUUUAGAACACAUCCAACCUUUCAAGAUAUUAUACAAAACAUUGAUACGGUGUUGACGUUUUUCAGCACUCGUCUUGAGCAACAUCCUGAUCAAAUAUUGUCAGUUCAAGUUGUACUUGAUGUCAUCAAGCAAGGAACAUUACAAUGGCCUAAAGAUAAACUCAAAAAAUUUCCUGAGUUGAAGUUUAAGUAUGUUGAAGAGGAACAACCAGAGGAAUUUUUCAUUCCAUAUGUUUGGUCUUUGGUUUACAAAUCUGCUCGAUUGUACUGGAAUCCCGAAAAAAUACAUUUGUUCCAUCCAGGUAGUUAAUGAGAGCAGAGGAAAGGUACAUUUUAUGAAAGUUUGAUGGUGACAUAAAAAAUCGAUUCAACCGAAGUCAUUAUGUAUAAAGCUGGUUUGUGUGAGUUUUUUGUUUAAGGUCUUACUAAAUAACUUGAACUAUUUUUGAUAAAUUACUCUUAAAAAUGGUGUAUGUUUUAGAUUAUGAUAAUGUAUAAGUAAAAUGAAUAGAAGGUGUAGUUGAAGAAUUGCAUGAUAAACUGAUUUAAAAAUAAUCAUUGUCAGUAAAUAAUUGCAUUUCAUGGGAA